GUCUGAACCAGCAGAUAUACAGGAGGAUGAACAAGUUUGUUUAUAUCUGUUUGUCUGGGUAGCCUUGCUACCAGUGAUGUGUGGUCCAAAGGAUGAGUUGACAGCAGAGCCCACCCCUGCAUAUGAGCCCCUUGUGGCCCAGUAUGACAUUGUAAGGACCAUAGGCGAGGGAAGCUACGCACAAGUGAAACUGGCCAACCACCGGCUCACGGGCACAGCCGUGGCGAUAAAAGUCCUGCUAAAGGAGAAAAUACACUACUACCUAAUUAGUACGGAAGUGGGGAUAAUGAAGAAGAUGAACCAUCCCAACAUCGUUUCUCUGCACCAAAUCAUUGAAACCGAGAGGAAUGUCUUUCUGAUCCUGGAACUGGUUGAUGGAUAUGAGCUAACUGACUGGAUCGAGCAAUCUGGCUUCCUACAUGAGGACCUAGCCCAGAAUAUAUUCAGGCAAAUCGUUCAUGCCAUGUGCUACUGCCAUGACAUCGGUGUAGUUCACCAAGAUCUCAAGCCAGACAAUAUCAUGGUUGAUUCUACAGGCAAAGUCAAAAUUGUAGACUUUGGGCUGGGUGCCUUAGUCGAGCCCGGAAUGAAGCUGUCUAGGUUUUGUGGUCCAUUUCAAUUUUCUGCCCCAGAAUUCUUCCUGGAACAACCAUAUGAUGGCACCAAAGUUGACACAUGGAACUUAGGCAUCAUUCUGUAUUUUAUGGUAACUGGAGCCCUGCCAUUUCAAGGUGCUACCUAUGAAGAACUUGAAAGCCAGGUUUUACUAGGACGGUAUGUUAUUCCCUGCCACUGCCACCUCUCAAAAGAGCUACAAGAGAUUAUCCGGUUACUUCUAACCGUAAACCCUCUAGAAAGACCAGCACUGAAGGACAUCAUGGAACACCCGUGGCUUAAGAAAGAAGAGCCAAGUUCAUCAAGUCACUCUGAUAAGAUGGACCCUAGCCACCUGGACCCUGAAAUCAUGACGGUCAUGGCAGAUAUGGGGUUCGACCCACGUGAGGUCCAGAAAUCUUUCACUGAUAAGCUGUAUAAUGAACCUAUGGCAAUUUACAGCCUACUACAAUGCCAGGCACACCAGCAGGAUGACUACACCAGCCAUCCUGAGCCAGUGAAACCAGGAGUAACACCUUUCCCCACUCUCACAGAUCCUACCACCUUCCCUUGUUACCAAAAGAGGAUGACCAAUCCACCAGCCAUUCGAGUCUUUCUUUCAUUAUCUUUAAAAACUGACUCUUCUGAGAACAAAGAGCAGGUAGGACAGAGGCUAAGAAGAAGUGCCACUGAACCUGUAAUGCUGCCCCACUGCCCACAGAAAAGUAUGUUCACUUUUUAUAAGGACAGUGUCUCCACAGGGACACAGAGCAAUCUGAGUGUGAACUCAAUCCGAGGUGCAUACAGGAGCUGGAAGAAGUGGACAAGGAGGAUUGGGGAAAGUUUAUUACAACUCUGCUGCUGUGUGCCACGCAGGAAGAGAAGAGUGGUGCCCCAAAGAGAGGCAUAGCAGAAAAGACAGGAAGCCAGAGGCCAGCUAAAGGUGCUGAGUCCUGUGGAUUAUGAGGUCACGGUGUUGGGGAUCAUUCAUGAACAGACUCAAGGAGCUGCUGGGAGGGAUCCAUGCAGAAACUCUAGAGGCCUGGAAAGAUCCAAAGAUCCACACCAAAUGGCUCAGGAGUCUUGGUAUGGAUUCCAUUCCUCAGGGAUAUAGGCAAGACAGCCGCCUUCCGGAGGAUCCUGGUAACAGACUGAACGUGAGCUUGAAGACAGAUGCUCUUCUGCCUGCCAAGUAUCUUGUUGGACUGGGGCAUGUCCCUGUGCUGCUCCUCUUGAUGGGGUAGAUUACAGUCAUUCUCAAAUCUCUCUUUUACAAUCAAAUUUAUCAUAAAGACUGCACACUAAUCUUAGAAUAAAGUCUAUAGAGGC